ACUGGAGAACCGCCACUAAUACAUGGCUGGAUUCCUUUCCUUGGGAAGGCUUUGGUUUUUAGAAAAGAUGCUUUCAAAUUCUUAGUGGAUCAGCAAAAGAAACUUGGAGAUAUUUUCACUGUAUAUAUUGCUGGUAGAUACAUUACAUUUAUCAUGGACCCAUUUCAGUAUGUCUACGUCAUCCGAAAUAGCAAGCAACUUGAAUUCCAUGAAUUUGCUAAUAAAAUGGCUUCCAAAACUUUUGACUACCCGGCCUUGUCUAAAGCAAAAUUCCCAGAUCUUAAAGAAAACCUGCAUAGAGUCUACCAGUAUCUACAAGGCAAGCCUUUGGAUAUCAUUUCUGACCACAUGAUGAAAAAUCUCCAGGAUAUAUUUGAAUGGAAAUGCUCACAAGCAACAGAUUGGGAAACAGAAAAAAUGUACAAAUUCUGCUGCUCUGUAAUGUUUGAAGCCAGUUUUGUAACACUAUAUGGAAGAGUUCCUGCUGCAGAUGGCCACAAAGUUAUUAGUGAAAUCAGAGACAAAUUUAUCAAGUUUGAUGCCAGCUUUCCCUAUUUAGCUGCAAACAUACCAAUUGAGUUGCUAGGAGCUACCAAGAGGGUUCGAAAGGAGCUUAUACAUCAUUUUUUAGUCCAGAACAUGACAAAAUGGCUGGGAGGGUCAAAAGUGGUCCAAGCCAGACAAGAYCUGUUCGAGAAAUAUGAGCUGCUCGGAGAUUAUGACAAAGCAGCACAUCAUUUCGCCUUCCUGUGGGCCUCGGUGGGCAACACGAUUCCAGCUACAUUCUGGGCCAUGUAUUAUCUUCUGCGGCACCCGGAAGCUCUCGCAGCGGUGCGUGACGAGAUUGACCAUUUGCUGCAGUCAACAGGUCAACAGAGAGGGCCCACGUAUAACAUCCACCUCAGCAGAGAACAGUUGGACAACCUGGUCUACCUAGAGAGUGCCCUAAACGAGAGUUUACGGAUGUGCUCCUCUUCCAUGAACAUCCGCAUCAGCCAGGAGGAUUUUGUGCUCAAGCUCGAAGGGGAUCAGGAAGUCAGUCUGAGGAGAGGAGACUGGAUAGCCCUUUACCCGCAGAUUUUGCAUAUGGACCCUGAGGUCUAUGAGGAUCCUAAGGAGUAUAAGUUUGAUCGUUACAUAGAAAACGGCAAGAAGAAAACCACAUUCUACAAGGCAGGAAGAAAACUGAAAUAUUUCCUAAUGCCCUUUGGCUCUGGCAUCAGCAUGUGCCCAGGGAGGUUCCUUGCAAUGAAUGAGAUGAAGAUGUUUCUUUUCCUGCUUUUGUCUCAUUUUGAUGUAGAACUAGUGGAAAAAAAAACUGUCAAACUUGACAAUAGUCGUAUGGGCCUUGGUAUCCUCCUGCCAAAUGUUGAUAUUGCCUUUCGUUAUAAGCUGAGGUCCUUAGAGUGAGUGGCUGCCUAUAUGCCUUUGACCAAUCUCAACAUUUGCUCUGUUUCUUCACUCUGCUUUGUAAUUUUUUUUUUUUUUUUGAAUAUUGUAUUUUCCCUUCUGCUUUAGUCUCCUUCCUGAUUGUUUCUAAGGAGAAAAGCCCUUGGACUGGAAGUAGAUUUCAAAUGCUGAGACAUUCAACCUCCGUUUGUCCUGCCUGAGUUCAUAGUGAGGUGAGGUGACUGGAGUUGGACUGAGUAUAUAACUAAGUGUGCCUGCACARAAGAGUCCCAUACUCUUGGCAGGAUUUGAGUUGGAUUUUCAGGGAGGAUGCUCAGUCCAGGCUGUGUAUAUGGGAAAUGGAGUUCAGCAGCUGUCCCUUGGGAACCAUUUAGACUACUUGGAAACUCGACAGUUCAAAUAAACUACACAGAUGUCUUUGGAGCCAAAAGGCCUCRUUCCUUAACAGGGGCUCCAUCUUUUUUAGAUUGACAGGUCCCAUAUAUSCACCACCUGGAUGCAUCACUGCACCUGCUUCAAGAAACAUAAUUGUGAGAAAAGGGGAACUUAGAAAGUUCUGCAGGGUGACAUGUCUUCUGGAAGGAAAGGAUUUAAAUAAUUAUUUUCCUAACUUUUUAUAUAACCUCUUCCGUUUGUGGACAUAGGUGUCUUAGUCCUUAGUUUGGAGAUGCAAUAGAAGCUGUAUGGGUGGUGGGAAUGAUUUUCAAGUGUCUUAUCAAGAACACAUCUCUGACUCCAAUGGUAUGUGCAGAGGGUGAGCACUUUGUUCUUUGUGCAAAGCAAAGAAAUUGAAAUCUGUGAUUUUUUUUUCCUGUGGUCAAUUAAAAUCAGAGGGGAGGCUCUGUUGAUUUUAGUGAAAUCUGUGUGAAGCCUAAAUGAUCUCUUUUGGUUUUUGAACCACAAAGCUAAACUCUUCAAGAAGAAAAUAUGUGAACCUAUUGGAAAUGAAGCUGUCGUCUCAAAAAUUACCUUCUGUUUAUCUUACUGUUUUACUAGUAACACGUUUGUUUAUUUUGACAACUUCUUGUGUUUGUGAGUUGCUCUAAAAGAAAAAAAAAUAGAGUUCUUCAAGGACAGGUGUGGUAUCUGAAACUACUUUUUAAUAAUAUUUUUUAAUGUACCUGAGUUGUGCAUGGGCAGAGUAGUUUAGUCUCUGUUUGCAUUAUCUACAUACAAAUUGUAAAGUUAUCUG